UUUUCUUUUUAAGCGCCCCAAAUAUGACUUGUUCUCGGUGGUACUCCAUGUGGGCGGUAGCACCGGUGGGGGUCACUAUCAUGCAUUCAUCAAGGAUCCCUAUGGAACGAUUGUGGAGAACACCAGUGAAAGUCCAUCGGCAAGUGAAUUUAAUGCGGUGAGACGCCGUUUCUUCAGGCACUUAAACCGAUCCUUAAAGUGGCAUUGAGUAAGAGUUGCCUACUGAUGAAACAACCCUGUGUUACAGCUACUCUGCAGAAUACCAGCGAUAUGUAACUGUGCUUAGCUAUGCGCACGGUUUGACGGACAGUUUUCAUGCGCAAACAAUAAAUGUGACAUUCCAACGCAUCAUUUGAUGAGCCAAAGCAUCGAUGUGUUAGUAAGUAGCAAGACUAUUGAUACGCAUCUUCCUGCAAAUCAUGCAACUGAAGAUCCACCGGUUGCUUAUGGUGAACAACCUCAGAUAUGCCGUCCUCGAGAUUGCAACUUUAUCAAGUUAACCGGAAGCCCACAGAAGGCAGGUGAAGGCGAUCACAGGAUACCGUCUGCAACGCCGGACAACUUAUCCACAUCAGCCAGGAUAGGAGCGACUUACGCGAACCAUUCCCUGAAUACGGCACAAAGUUAUCAAAAAUCUUCACAUCCAUUGGUUGUUAAAACAUCUUGGACCUCUAGAAUAUCCCAAGAAUAUGAGAAAAAGUGGCCACCAGAUCUUGGAAAUGGUGCAUUACAUCCGCUCGAAGAGACAGCAUCCAUGGCAGCAUGCGCUCCGUCCUCAGAACAAAUGUACCUCCCUCAGUGCACCUGUGAUCGCAACAUUACAGGACGAAUGAGACAGUCCUUGGUGGUCGAAACAAGCACCGGCCGUCAGAAGCUGGUACGGUCCAAACAACUAUCUUUGGUACAAACACUGCAGGACAGUCCGCAAUUCCCGCGGCGCAAACCCAAACCUCGGAGAAUUAAAACCCGAUCGACUGAGACAGAACAGUCAUCCAUUAAGCGCUUGCCGUUUGAUAGCAGAAUCACCAGUGCCAUCAGCGUUCAGCAAGUGAAACCAAACGCAACGGUCAAAACAAUCCAGGGACGAACGCGUUCUGCACAUGCAGCUGUGCGUAGUAGACUAACCGGGUCUGUAAUAGUCGAAAGCGAUGCACUAAAAUUCCAAAACAAAUUACUUACGCCUUCAUCGCACUCUCCUAAAGGCAUUUCUGACCGACGCCACAGAAGUCAGACACAUGUUGGCAGAGUAGGGUCCAGCUUGAAAGGUAACAGCGACUGUACUGCUCCAGUAGUGAGAUUGGACGGUCGCAACAAUUCUUCAAGACAGCGUAUAUCAUCCGCCUCAUCCUCAUCUUCAACACCUCGAACGCUUACUGCUUCCGGCGCCAUAGCAAUUGGCCCUGUUCACGUUAUGCACGCUACCCCAAAACACGCAGCAUGUGUCACAUGGCGAUCGAGGCUUUUCGAGGAGACCGGUGGGGUGGAUUCCAUAGCAAAAGCACGCAACUAUGCAAUGAAUUACAUUAAAGAUUCGAGAUCAGUUUCCAACUUGCGACCUGUCAACAUGACAGGUUACCCAAAGUGUCCUGGUGAGCCACCUCCAGUUAAUAGCUCGUUGUCCACCAUUCCACCUGUGUCCCGGAGUAAUGCGCGGUGUCCAUCCCGAUCGACGAAUUCGCUUGAGUGUAGCGUAAGUUGCCCCCAACCUGCCAUUUACAGCUCUACGUUGUCAAGGUUAUCUGCCAAUUCAGGUUCUGUGGAGUGUCCUUUCAGUGGGCGUACCGCUCCAAAGAGGAACACUGAAGAAGAAGUAACGGCAGAUAGCAGCACAAUUAAGCAGAACUCGGCGGAUGAUAGCCACGACAACAUGAAGUGCAGUACCGAAACACGUCAAUGUAUGCCUGAAGUUUUGGUUGGUCGCUGGUUCGACAUAAACGAUGAUUGCAUAGCUGAAGUGGACCCGGCUACGUUUUCGCGUGUUUUCGAAGGGCCGGAGUGUGCAUACAUGCUGUUUUAUAGACUCAUGAGUUUGCCACUUCCCGUAAAUUUACUGAGACCCUGAGAAGAGUAUCUGUAGUGGAAGACUGGGACCACACUUUCAUUGCUUUUGCGUUUUAUUUGCAGCCUCAUGGUUUUCUACAUGUGAGGAUGAUUCUACGUACCUGUUUUCUCAUUAACUUCGCUACGUUUUGAUCGCCGGGCUUCCUACCCUCAUUUUUAAGCUGACCGGUGUAUGGUUCAUUAUCAAAGGUAUAUGUGGGUUCUGUUAAUCCAGUAGAAGCUGGUUAUUUUCGGUUUUGUGCUACCCAAUCUGUGCUUGAAAUAGCAUUGAGCCAUGUGGAACCGCUAAUUCCACGUUCAUUGACGGGCACCGGAAGCAAUAUGUGAAACCGUUGGAGGUACCUGCCCUCCCCAUAUUACUGACAUAACCCUCUUAACCACACUAAACAAGAACUAUGGUGGUGUGUACAGC